AUGGGUUGCACUGACAAUAAAAGAAUGUUGAAUGUGACUAUACCCCAGAGGAGUUUUGGAAUUGAUUAUGACUGCGACUGCUUUGUCAAGGAUGGGAAACCUUUCCGUUACAUCUCGGGUAGCAUUCACUACUCACGGGUGCCCCGGUAUUACUGGAAAGACCGCUUGUUGAAGAUGAAGAUGGCAGGACUUGAUGCCAUUCAAACGUAUGUGCCGUGGAACUACCAUGAACCCCAGAUGGGUGUCUAUGAUUUUGCUGGUGACAAAGAUCUGGAGUAUUUCCUGCAGCUUGCAAAUGACACUGGUCUGCUGGUUAUCCUGAGAGCUGGACCUUACAUCUGUGCAGAAUGGGACAUGGGAGGUCUUCCUGCAUGGCUGUUGGAGAAGAAAUCUAUUGUUCUCAGGUCUUCUGAUUCAGAUUACUUGGCAGCGGUAGAGAAGUGGAUGGGUGUCCUUUUACCAAAGAUGAAGCCUCAUCUCUAUCAAAACGGAGGUCCAAUCAUCAUGGUGCAGGUGGAGAAUGAGUACGGAAGCUACUUCGCUUGCGACUACAACUAUUUGCGUUCCCUUCUGAAGCUCUUUCGCCAGCAUCUUGGGGAUGAGGUGGUGCUGUUCACAACUGAUGGUGCAAGCCAGUUUCACUUGAGAUGUGGAGCUCUUCAGGGUCUUUAUGCAACGGUGGACUUUGCUCCAGGUGGCAAUGUCACAGCAGCAUUCUUAGCUCAAAGGAGCAGUGAACCUACAGGCCCUUUGGUUAAUUCUGAGUUUUAUACUGGAUGGUUGGAUCACUGGGGGCACCGCCAUUCUGUUGUGCCCACACAAGCUAUUGCUAAAACACUUAAUGAAAUCCUGGCACGUGGUGCUAAUGUUAACCUGUACAUGUUUAUAGGUGGGACUAACUUUGGCUAUUGGAAUGGUGCCAAUAUGCCCUACAUGCCACAGCCCACUAGUUAUGACUAUGAUGCUCCCCUGAGUGAAGCGGGGGAUCUGACAGAAAAAUAUUUUGCCUUGAGGGAGGUCAUUGGUAUGUAUAAGCAGUUACCAGAAGGUCUUAUCCCUCCGACAACACCCAAAUUUGCAUAUGGGAAAGUUCGCUUGCAAAAGGUGGGCACUGUGGUGGAUGUUCUUGACAGGCUGUCAGCUGCAGGACCAGUGAAAAGCACUUACCCAUUAACCUUUGUUCAGCUAAAGCAGUAUUUUGGGUUUGUACUGUACAGAACUAUGCUUCCAAAAAACUGUGUGGAGCCAGCGCAACUGUCUUCACCUUUAAACGGAGUCCAUGAUCGUGCCUAUGUCUCUGUCGAUGGGGUUCCUCAAGGUGUCCUUGAAAGGGACAAAUCACUUACGAUAAAUAUAACUGGGAAGGCUGGAGCAAAUCUGGACAUCUUGGUAGAGAAUAUGGGCCGAGUUAACUUUGGUAGAUACAAUAAUGACUUCAAGGGUCUAGUCUCAAAUUUAACUCUUGAUCAAGAUAUACUUGUUGAAUGGGAAAUCUAUCCUCUAGACAUAGAUGGAGCAGUGAACCAUGACAUUAAUUGCCACCUUGAACGACCAAAGAGAUCUGUUGACAAUCCACUGAGUUAUGAAGCACCUACUUUUUACACUGGUAGACUUUCAAUUCCUGGAGGGAUUCCAGACUUACCUGAAGACACCUAUGUCAAAUUUCCUGGCUGGACAAAGGGGCAAAUUUGGAUCAAUGGCUUUAAUCUUGGGCGCUACUGGCCGGCCCGUGGUCCUCAGCUAACGCUUUUUGUUCCAAGGAAUAUACUUGUUUCGUCAGUGCCAAACAACAUAACAGUGUUGGAACUGGAGCAUUCUCCUUGCAGCACCCAGGCGUGCGAGAUAGAAUUUGUGGAUAAGCCUACUAUCAAUGCAACCAUGCAGUAUGAAAAUGAUGCCCCCCAACUCUUUGUUAGAGACAUAUGGUUGAACCAUCUAUAA